CUGUUGAGCAACUCAGAAAACGGGUUCACAAUCCCUUAAUAUUGAGAUUGAAUGCCAGACAGUGGCCUAUAUAAAGAAAAGGGGUCCUGUCACCCGCGAGUCAGUUGGUUUCGCGGAUUACUAGUUUACACGCUGCUGUUUGAGGGUUGUGCGUUUUGGCAAAAGAAAAAUGUUUGCCGCCGUGAAGGAUUUCAUCGACGGUUAUAAUGAUUUGAUGAUCAACAGGCGAGAUCCUAGGGUGGACGGAUGGUUCUUAAUGAGUUCAUUUUUCCCAACCCUGAUCAUCUGCUCUUGCUACAUCUAUUUCGUCAAAUCCUUGGGACCGAGGCUAAUGCGCGAUCGGAAACCCUUCGAGCUCCGUUCCGCCAUCAUCAUUUAUAAUGUCAUUCAAGUUCUCGCCAGUAUUUACUUGGUGUACAAGGGUCUGGUUCACGCCUGGCUGUUCCGCUACAGCCUCCGCUGCCAACCGGUCGACUAUUCCGACGAUCCCGACGAGUUGAUUGUUGCCCAAAUGUGUUGGUGGUAUUACUUUUGCAAAUUCACCGAGUUUCUGGAUACGGUUUUCUUCGUCCUGCGGAAAAAGUUUGAUCAAAUCACCAACCUCCACGUCAUUCACCAUAGCAUCAUGCCGGCCGUCUGUUGGUGGGGUGUCAAGUUUGCCGCUGGUGGUCACGGUACAUUCUUUGGAAUGCUGAACUCGUUCGUUCACAUUAUCAUGUACACCUACUACUUAUUCUCCUCAAUGGGACCGAAAUAUCAGAAAUAUUUGUGGUGGAAGAAGCAUCUGACCUCGAUGCAAAUGAUUCAGUUCGUUGCAGUUUUCAUACAUUCAGCUCAGCUUUUCUUCAUCGACUGCAAUUACCCCAAGAUUCUGGCUUACGCAAUGUGUUUCAACGCUCUCAUGUUCUUGAGCCUCUUCUCAAACUUCUACAUUCAGGCUUAUAUCAAACGCCGUCGUUUGCCUACGGUAAAGAAAGAAGAUGACGCUGCCAAUGGAAAGACUAAAGUGACAAGUCAAAAGGCCGAAAAAGAAAAACGCGGUGUCGGAAAGAUGAUCACCAACAUUAUGACCAACACAUCAAACGCCUGUUAUAUCGGACAGAAUGGUCUCUAUCAAUCAGCUGAUAAAGCGAAAUCAAACGGAUCCUCUAGCGAAAAGAAGAAACACAUGUAAAAGUGCUUUAUUCGUAUGCAAUUCUUACUUUUGUAAAAGGAAAUUGCCAAGUUCUGCUCAUCUGUUUCAAACGUUUGAUUCAUAUUAUUGUUUCAAGUAAUUGAAUUAUUCGUUACUUAUUUGUUGUACAUAACGAACUUGUGGCCCCUUAUUUAGUUACCAAAAAUUAUAGGCUCUUGUUCCUAGAUGAAGAAUCUUGCUCGACAUGAAGAAAGAAAACAUACACGUGUAAAGAUUUUU